UCUUACCCAAGCCUUCUCUUGGACAAGAAGCGCCAUUUUGCUAGGUUGUUGUGAAGAGUGUCUUCUCCUUUGUCUUGUACUGAAGUUGUAAAUUCUUACGGUUCGGGAGACAUUGUUGUCAAAUAAACGAUUCGAGUAAGGUAUGUCAAGUGUCAACACAGAAAUUAAGGCCGAUAUUGAUGCUAAUGGGCCACAAGAGAAUCAAGGAGGACAUAAUCAUUCAAUGGGCGGAAGGGGAGGAGGACGUGGCGGAGGACGACAAAGAUUUGGAGGACCCGGCGGACGACAGAGAGAUGAUAUGAGAGGCGGGAUGCGUCAAGACGUGAAAGCAGAAAAUAAUGUGGAGGGUGAGGAUGCAGAUGGUCAGGGUGGUGUAGGCCGAGGGGCUGCUGGUAGUGGCCGAGGCAGAGGGAACCGCUUUCGUGGUGGAGCUGGGGCACGUGAAGACUGGGGCAUGCGCAACCAGGAUGAUCGUUUAAAUGAAAGACUGGCUGGCCUUUCUGCACCAACACAUGAUCUUCCCCCUCAAGAUACACGUGAGAAGAAAUUCACUGGCCGAUGCCGCUUGUACAUUGGUAACUUGACAGGUGAUGUAACAGAAGAUGAGAUUACCCAGCUGUUCCAGCCUUAUGGUGAGACUGCUGAGCUUUUUGUGAAUAAAGAAAAAAACUUCGCUUUUAUUAGAUUGGAUUACCGUGCUAAUGCAGAGAAAGCGAAGAGAGAGUUGGAUGGUCAGAUGAGAAAAGGCAGAGCAUUGAAGGUUCGCUUUGCUCCUCACAGUGCAGCAGUGAAAGUGAAGAAUUUAACUCCAUGGGUGAGCAAUGAGCUUCUUGAGAAGGCAUUCUCAGUGUUUGGGGAGAUUGAACGAGCAGUCAUUAUUGUUGAUGAACGUGGAAAGUCAAUGGGAGAAGGCAUUAUUGAAUUUGCUAGAAAACCAGGAGCACAGAUGGCAUUACGGCGAUGUACAGAAGGAUGCUUUUUCCUGACGGCUUCCCUUCGUCCAGUUGUGCUGGAACCGUUUGAGCAGCUAGAUGAUAUAGAUGGCUAUGCUGAGAAGAGUCUGCCAAAGAAGAAUCCUGAAUACUACAAAGCACGAGAAGUUGGUCCUCGGUUUGCGUCACCUGGGAGUUUUGAAUAUGAAUAUGGAACCCGUUGGAAACAGCUUUAUGAAUUAUACAAGCAAAAGGAAGAAGCUUUAGAACGUGAAAUGAAGAUGGAGGAAGAGAAACUGGAGGCUCAGAUGGAAUAUGCUCGCUAUGAGCAUGAGACUGAAAUUCUCAGAGAACAAUUACGACAGCGUGAGCUUGAUCGUGAGCGUCAGAAACGGGAGUGGGAAAUGAAGGAACGUCAGGCUGAAGAGCAGCGAUUGGCUGAUGAAGAACGUAUGCGUCGCCAGCAGGAGGAAAUGCAACUGCGAAUGCACCACCAGGAAGAAGAGAUGCGUCGCCGUCAGCAAGAAAACACACUUUUUAUGCAGGCUCAUCAGUUAAGCAGUUUGUUGGAUCAGCAGGAGCAGGCAUUACGACAGACUCCAGCUGGUUAUGACUCCCCUGUUGCAGACCCAGUCAUUCGAGAUUAUGAUGCUGUUGGAGGUGCUGGACCAGGAUCAAUUCCACCGAUACUGAUAACUGCUGGAGUCACAUAGGAGGGAAUAUUUGCUGCUAGUCAUUUUGGUGUACAGCUGUACCACAGCACAUUAUCUCACUGCCAGGUGAUGGUGAUUUUGACAAAGGAUGGCCCUCUAGUUCAUAGUCAGUGAUGAUGGCUGAAGGUACCGCAUUGUGGGUUUGAUGGAGAUUUCGCUUGGGCAGAACUGUCCGAGGAUGAGGGAUAGAGGCCUGGAGGUGUACAACAGGAGAAGAGCCAACACCUGUCUAGGCCAAAGGCAUAAAACCAGGAUGAACCACAUCUCUGUCUCAGUUUGUGGAUAAACUGUGUCUUCAUCUCAGUUUCUCUGUCUCAAGAAGCUGAUAAUCUUGUAGCCAGCCCUGGAAAUCAUUGCCAAUUAUUAUGUACUUUAUUGAGAAAAUUAGUGAAAAUAUCAAUAUUAUGCGUACUUUUGAAAGUAUGAAGAAAAUGUAAACAUAAUUAUACAGACAAAUAUAAGACAUUGGGAGUUCUACAGUGUGAAGUUGAGAUGACGUUUUAAAACUGAACAAAACCAUUCAGUUAUUUCAUGGUGGAGGAUUGAAAACUCUUCUACUUCACAAUUUUUGUGGAUAAUUUUUUGUUUUACAUCAGCCCAACUGUAAACCAGAACUUUUUGGGGCAGUGCUGGCCAUUUCCAACAUUUCUUGAGACUGAUACAAUCAGCUGUUGGACUUCUUCUCCAUUGGAUAGUAGUGUUGACACCAACUGUAUGUUGGUGCAGGUGGUUUGAUGUCCUCUGGGAAGAUUCUCUUGCCAGCAGAAACAUUUGACUUAUUGUGCUGCUUUGUUUGGUUCUCUGCACCACACUUCUGUUUUUCUGCCAUAUGCUUGUUGAAAGCACUGCCAGGCAUAUUUUUUUUUGCAGACAUUGUAGAAGUUUUUGCUUGUCAAUAAAGAAAAUUCCACAUUUUUGGAAUUGAUACAAAUUUUUACUCUUGUAUUCCAAAAGUUUGGUCUUCGCUGCUUUAAUGGACAUGAAAACACAUCUUUGCUCAUGGACAAUAUCGGAUUUGCAGCAGCUUCUUGCUUGUAUAUUGUGAGAUGACAACUGAAAGCUGGAGUAGUGGAACCAUAAGAGAUGCCAUUGCUAGCUUGUGGCUUGAUACGCAUGUUCCUGCAGCAUGUUCCUGUUGUUCUCACAACAAGAGAAGCACUGCUGGAAGUGAUUUUCUACAUGGUCCAUGUCUGUAUAACAACCAAUGGGGCAAAUUAGUGAGUCGUGAGACAAAAUAAUAUGAGUCACGGGUCCUGUAGGGCCCAAAAUCAAGACUGCCUGUGCUGGCAAGGGUGAGCAGCAGUUUACUAGACAGACAGUUGUGAGUUAGGAGUCAGCACUCAUUAUUGACGGUAACCCAUGAGCACAUAAGUAGAGGAAUCCCCAUUGUUAGAAUCUGCUAUGUAGUAAUGCCUAGUGAAGACAUAACAAACUGAGAAGACUUAGUGUGUG